AUGUACCCCCCAGUCAGUGGUAGCCACACAAAACCCACACCAGUUCAAAAGAAGGAGAAAGCAGAGAAGGCGAAGCGGGACAAGGCCAACAAGGAGGCGAACAAGGGAAAGGGCAGAGGCGAUCAGGUGGCGAUCACGUCUGGAGAUCCCCGCAAGGACAAACUCUGCUGGGAUUAUCGUGAUCACGGGAGCUGCAGAAAGGGUCGCGAUUGUCCUUUCUCGCACGACAAAGAGCUGCGUAGGAAGGAGCUUGAAAAGAAAGGCAAGGGGAAAGGUUCAUCCCCUGGAGUUCCAAAGACGGGACCCUUCACCGAGUUGGACGAGCUCCCAAAGGAUUGGUGGCAUGUCGUGCCGAAUGAGCCUGGCGGUUAUCAAUACCGCACCGUCGUGCAAAUCCUUGAUAAGAAUUUUGACACGAUGUUGGACGGAUGCGCUGGGUCCAAUCACAUCACGGAAGAGCUGGUGGUCGGGAUCAUCAAUCGGGCUGCGGAGCUAGGCUUGCGCCCGAAUGACAAGAACUUUCCGAUCAUUCAGUUCGAAAAAUGGCUGUAUCCAGAGUACGUGCAUGCAUGGGAUUGCGAGCGGCUCACUCGUGCCGCUCAAGGGUGCAAGAUCGCGUCAAAGGGGACUAGCGAUUUCCAUGGGUUGAUCCUUGGGGGCCGCGCGUUGGAUUGCGAAGCGCGACGUGGGCUAGGUUUUCGACCUGGGCCCAUGACCCAUGUGCUGGACUCUCUAGGUGUGCAUCUCCCGCGCUGUGAGAACUUCAGUGCGGAGAGGAAGGACAGAGCCUAUCCUUUCCGGUCCGUCCUUUCGGCAGUAGACCAGGAGGCUGAGGGACAUCUGGAGCCGGAGACCGGGCCAAGGGCCAUGGUAGUCUAUGCAGGUGAGGAAGGGGCGACGCUGCUUCCUGGGGAAGGCGCUCUCCUUCCGGUGCGAAUUGCUGGCAACUGGACGCCGGAAGUUUCGAGCUGUGAAGUGGUCCUUCCAGUUGCCGGCAAGGUGGAAGCAGUUCCUGGCAUCUGGGACACAGGGGCUCGUGAAGGCAUGGUCCUGGUGACGCCAUACCAGGAAGAGGUCGUCCUUGAAGAAGGCGAUCCAGUCGGAGAGCUCCGGGCAGGUGCAGUAGUCAGUGGGACAUGUUCUUGCGGAGCUGUUGAUACAGUUUUCGUGAGCCAGACGGCUGGCCUUGAGCCGGACACCUGCCAGGAAUGCGGAUUGGAACAGCCCAGCCUCAUUGGUUCAGUCUGCUAUUCGUGCGGUCGGAAGGGAGAGAUCAAGAGCACUCCACUCCAGGGGUGCAAGUGUCGCGCGAAGACACCUAGGAAGGCGCGUGAGUCAAGGAAGGGAUAUGGAGUGUUUGCCACGUUCGCGGUUGGUCUAGCUGCGCUCACUGCGGCGUACGCAUUUGACCCGUCGCAAUAUGAGUCAAAGAGCUGGUCGCGGGCGGGGGCCUCGUUUUCGAGCCUUCGUCGCGAAGAAUCGCGGGCGAGGACUUCGUUUUCGAAUCCUCGUCGCGAGGAAGUGUGGGUCACCUUCCCCGGUGGUUGGGUGCGAACGCACCCGGAGGCUCGGGAGAAGCUGUUUGAGUUUAGUGAAGAAGCGUCGGCCCCACUCACGCUGAAUGUCGACCAGCUGGAUUCUCGAAGGGUCACGACAGGUCAGUUUUUGGAUGGAGAGUCUCUCUUUUGGGAAGACUCGUGGCGUGAGGGCGACCCGUGGGUCUUUAAGGGACGCCCAUGGGUAGGAGAAACCCGUUUCUACGCGGUGGGUCAUGGUUCUGAAGGCUCUUGGAGGAGCACCAUGACCGAGCCAGUGUUUCACAUAGUGGAGGCGCCAGGCGGAAUCGACAAGAUGGCAGAGGAAACGCCAACGGAGCGCUACUACGAUGCGCUCAGGAGGUCUCUGGAGAAGCGUUUUCCCAAGGCCAACCAAUUCCUCCUGGAUCACCUGAUUUCGCUUGAAGCAUUUUUGGACAAGUCGAUCGUUUUUGGUUUCAGCUACGGGGUGGCUAAGGCGGAGAUCUGCAAGGAAGACGCGACCUUCCCACCUGAAGGGCUCGGACAUGGCAGCACAGAAGGCUGCAAGGCUGUUCGGGCCAUCAAGCGCAUGUUGGCUAAGUCAAUCAGCUUAGCUAUGAUUGACGAGGCCAGCGCCAUCUCCGGAGCCUGUCCGCUUGAGCAGGUGGCCGAUGCCAGCGGGUUUGCGGUCGGUGGUACCGUGGUCCAGAUGACCAGAGACCACACGAGGCUGAAGGUGCUCCUCACGCACAGCAAAAGCCUCACGCCGCCGCAGCAAGUCACUGAGCGGCCGGAGCGCUAA